AUGAUGAUGCAGCAUGCGGAGGCCCACUUGGCGCCGAUGGGCGACCAUGGCAGCCCGUCCGGGGCAGGCAAGAUCCGCGGCUACCCGAAGCACCGCGCAGCCCAUGCGGCGGCGGCGGCGCCGUACCGGACCCGCGAGUCGCACCAAGGGGGCACGGGUCGGCGCGUGUACGUGGGAAACUUGGCGUGGGAUGUCAAGACGGAGAUCUUGAAGAACCACAUGCGCAUUUCGGGCGACGUCGAGGAGUGCGAAGUCAAGCAGGAACUCAAUGGGCGCUCCAAGGGCUGUGGCAUUGUGACCUUUGCGACGCACGCGAUGGCGAUGGACGCGAUCUCGCGGCUCUCGGACACGGAGCUCCUCGGGCGCAAGAUCUUUGUCCGCGAGGACCGCGAAGAGGCAAAGGCGCAGCUCGCCGCCCAGUCGGCGUACACACCAGCACCGGUAACGUCGUACGAUGUGCCGCCGACCUCGUACACGGCAGCGCCCGUGACGUCCUACGACAUUCCGCAGACGUCGUACAGCCACACGCCGGCGCCAUACGCGCCGCCCACCUCGUUCGCGCCUCCGCCGCAGCACGGCUUUGCACCAAACAACCCGUUUGCACCGACGUCCGGCGGCGGCACGCGCGUGUACGUCGGGAACCUUUCGUGGAGCGUCAAGUGGCAGGACCUCAAGGACCACAUGAAGCAGGCGGGCAACGUCCUGCACGCCGACGUCAUGCUCGAGCCGACGGGGCGUUCGAAAGGCUGCGGCAUCGUCGAGUACGACACGCCGGAAGCGGCGCAGCGCGCAAUUCAGAUGCUCACCGACACCAAGCUCGACAAUCGCCCCAUUUUUGUGCGUGAAGACCGCGAGCCGCGCCCAGGGCACCGAGGUCCGCCGAUGGCCCGCGGUGGUCCGCCGCCAUUUGGCGCCCGGCCAGGGGCGGGGCACCACUCGCACCCGCCCAUGUGCACCGUCUACAUUGGCAACCUUCCGUUUGACGCCAUGUGGCAAGACGUCAAGGACGUGGCGCGGUCCGCGGCGACUGUGGACCACGUCGAAGUCAUCCAAGGCCCGGACGGCCGCUCCAAGGGCUACGCCCUCGUGCGCACCCCGACGCCGGAAGACGCGCAGAUCAUCAUCGGCAAGCUCCACGACACGGAGUUUCGCGGGCGCUUCCUCGAGGUGCGGUUGGAGCGGGUACGGUAA